UCAGUCAUGUGAACAAAACGACGACUUACGAAAAUCCAUCAGUGAGAAAUAUGGAGCCGAUAGCGAUUCCAGAGCCCCGUUCCGUCACCCUCGAGCGAUCGACAAUAAUGGGAUUUGGUUUUGUGGCGGGAUCGGAAAAGCCCGUCGUUGUGCGUUUCGUCACGGAAGGUGGUCCAAGCGUCGAUAAGCUUCUCCCUGGGGACCAAAUUCUUGCGGUAAACGGCGAAGAUGUAAAGGAUGCGCCAAGAGAACAUGUAAUUGCUUUAGUGAGAGCGUGUGCAACAACCGUAUGUCUAAUUGUGUGCCAGCCUAUGCAAAAAAGCGGUGCUCGCAAGUCCACAUUCUUAUCAGCUAGCAAAAGGGCGAGACUUCGAAGUAAACCAUCAAGGGUUCGUUUUGCAGAAAGUGUAUGCGUGAAUGGUGCCCCGCUGUUUCCACCGUCCGCGUUUUCUCUGGGUGACGUUUGCGUGCCUCCGAUGGCAAAUGUUCUCAAAGUGUUUUUAGAAAACGGUCAAACAAAAUCAUUUAAAUACGACGCAUGGACGACGGUGCAUGACGUUGUAACAUCGCUGCAAACAAAGCUAUGCCUGCAAGCUACGGAGCAUUUCAGUCUUGUUGUUGAGCACAUCAAAUCGUUGAAGCGUAAUAAGUUAACGUUGUUGGAUCCCACAGAUACUUUAGCUAGGAUAGCAUCAAAACCGGGUGCACAUAAAUUACGGUGUUUAUUUCGAGUGGCUUUUGUGCCUUCUUCGGCAGCAGCCCUUGCACAAAGAGAUCUUGCAGCUCUCGACUAUUUAUACACACAGUGUUGUAAUGACGUAACACAAGAAAGAUUCGCACCGGAAUUACAAUACGAUACUGCCUUACGUCUAGCUGCAUUACAAAUCUACCAACACGCACUAUCAAACAACAUCUCUGCUGCCAAACUUACCGUUAAGACUGUUGAAAGAGACUUUGGUUUGGAACGUUUUGUGCCUGCUUCACUUUUAGAAAAUAUGAAACGUAAGGAAAUACACAAAGUCUUGUCGCACUUUUUCAAAUUGCACGCCAGUAUGGCCGGUCCUGGUAAACAAUUAACUGCCCUCCAAGUUAAAAUACAUUAUUUGGAUCUUAUUAGUCAACUACCAAGUUACGGUGCCAAAUGUUUCUCUGCCGGUCCCCGGGCAGAUGCAAUGGAACGAGUCAUACUAGUUAGUCCCAAAUUUGGAUUAAGCCAAAUAAUUGGUACCAGGAACUCUGUGCCCCUACCGAUCGCCAAUUUAGAAGAUAUUAGACGAGUAGAAGUAAGAAAUGAGGAUGAGUUAAGCCGAGCAGUAUUAAUCAAAUUACAUAAUGAGAGAAUAAUUACAAUAACGUUGGAAGAAAGAGACGCUUCUGAGCUCGUUUUAGUAUUAAGCGGUUACUUUAAGUUAGCUACAGGUCAAAAUCUGCCAGUGGAUCAGGAAGAAUCGCCUCCUCUAGAAGAUUUGGCCCCGCCAUAUUUGUCGCAACAUAGAGUGGUGCCGGAAAAAUGGAGCUAUAUUAGUCAAAGCCAGGUGCGUAGUAUCUGCUUCGCGGUUCAUCCCGCUUAUCAAGGCAUCAACCACAAGACCAACGGUUUGUACAACACUGUGGGAAGGCAGAGCAAGCCGCCCUUCAUGCCCGGAUUCAGUUUAGAUAGUAAUAUGAAUAGUUCAAUGACAAACAAUAGGAAUAAUCAAAUUAGGAAUCAUUUCCGAUUUUGUGAUAGUAAGUCAAAUUCAUAUGACUUGGAGAGAGUUGCUUCCAUGGAGAUUUUAGAAACUUCGCAAAGUGAUGAUGUAUUGAGACGAGUGCAAGAGAUGCAUCAGUUAGUUGAGAAUUCUGAAAAAUAUUUAAAUGAGCAAGAGGAGUUUAACAGGCAUGCUUCUACAGAGUGGCAAGAAACGAGUGUCGAUAUCGAGAGCGACUCUGAAAGCCAGUUUGCUGACGACGCACCCGGAAAAUUAAAACACAGUGACUCUUUGCUGCUGUUAACGCAAGGUCGUAAGUACUCGGAUGAGACGAAACACUCAUAUACAAAUACUACCAUUGAAAUUUUACGUAGCGAAAACAACCAUUCAGAAAGUGAUAACGACUCAGUGUGCACGCCACACAAUUCGCCAAAGCAUAGGAUAAAUAAACUAGGUGACAAUUUUAGUAAGAGUAGAGUAAGCUUCGGAUUACGUAGUCCAGAUAAUGCGGGUUCUAAAGAAGAGGAUUUAAAGGCAUACUUGGAAAGGUUAAAAGACAGUUGCAACAAUUCCGAUUUAGAUAGUUUAACAAAUCUCUACUACGAUUUUGAUCCAGAUAUUAUAGAUUUAACUUUAAUACCUCCCCCAGUAACACCUGAUGAAUUGGAUUGUGCCUUACCAACACCAAUCAAUAAUCCUCCGAGCAAAUUUGCCGAUUCGGUUGAAAACUUGAAAAUUAUCGACCGAAACAUUUUAAGCGACAAUAUUGACUUGGAAGAAUUUUUGGCCAGCGUCACGGUUCCUCCACCCAUUCAGAAAGUUACGCCGGCAGUAGAGCUGACGCCUGAGGAGAUAAUGUCUUUCAUAAUUCCACCACCUCCUGCUCUUAGACGAAGUUUCGAGAACUUGUCGCUUCCAAAUCAUAUUCCAACAAGUGUUUCUAAACAAGAAGAUGUGCAUAAACGCACAGAAUAUCAACACACAAACGGAAGCCUUAUGAGAAGAAAUAGCAAUGGAAGCGUUAAAUCUAACAUAAUAGAAUACGCAACGGUUGAAAGGAAGGGGGCAUUUUCCUGCUGUGCGAAGGGCAAGGUGGAAAAAUCGAACAAAGAGCAUUGGGACAGUUCAAAUGCGUUAUGCCCACCUCCGCGAAGGUCAUCCGAUCAGAAGCCACCAGAACGCCCACCAAAAACUCUGAGUCAAGAGCGCCAACGAUCGUAUUCGCUAACAAACAAUAUCGCGCAUCACAAUUUACAAGCAGAACCACCACCAACGUUGCCUCCACGGGGCGAAUUGAACUCGCACGCACCUUCCCACCUGUAUUUACCACCAAAGAAACCUCCACUACCUCCCGUGCCUCCGUUAGAGGUCUUAAGACGUAAGAACAGCAAUCCGCAACCAAAAAAUAGCACAGAGUCUCGCACAGCGUGUAUCGGUUCGCCCCAUUUACAGAGGAAUAGGAACGUUUACAACGCGAUCGAAUCUGGUUUUGGCAUUUCGGACGAUCGAAAAUUAAACUCGGUUUCAACGGCGAUUAGUACACCAACAUCGCCACAUUUAGGCAGAGGAGCACAACUAUCAAUGGUACCAGUCGAAUGUCCAGAUUCACCUAAAACACAAAAGAACCGCAGUUUUUCCCAGGAGUCACCUUCGUCUCGUCAAUCGAAUGGCCAUGCGCAUAUACGUAGCUACUCUGAGUCUGCCAGCAGUGAUAGGAGUUGGACGAAAACUGCGGACGAAUCGAUACAGCGAAAUGGUGGAGUUUGUGUCAAAAACGGAUGUAUUUCGACACGAGAAAAUUUGCUUACAAAGACGGAUGCGGCCAUGGGCAGUUUGCUGAUACGGCUCGAUCAAGUUGCCGCUCAGUGUAACGCCGCUCAGGUACACGGAGGAGGUAGUCUUAUGAGUGAAGAAAAAUUUCAGAUCGCGAAAGACGAAUUAACAUCACAGUCUCUUCAACUAGUAACGUCAAGUAAGAUGCUAGUAAUUGCCAUGUCCGACACCACACUACCCGAUUUACCCGAGAAUUUAGCCAUUUGUUUAACGAUACUAAGGAGACUGACUGAACUUUGUCAAGAUUUGGCGAAUCACACAACGGCACCUUUACAGACGCGAAACCUAAUCAUAAAAGUGCACGAUGUUACGGCAGCAUUCCGACAUUUAUUAACGUCCAAUAUAGAUCGAAGUUCGCAAGCUACAAUUGAAGAGCAUUUAGCAUCUGAAGCUGAAAGCUUAGCGAAUGUUUUAGCAACUUUAUUAAGAAGCUUGAGGGUAUUUUCCCCUUGAACAGUAGAUUAUUAUGUAAAUUCAAGUAUACUUAUCAAAAGUAUGAAAGUUGAAAGUUUGGAAGUUAAAAUAGUGUUCAUUUUGAUGUCUCGAAUUUAGUUGCAAGGUAAGUGUUCUGCUGAUUUCGAUUAUUGGGUUCCUACUGCAAUGAGUAGAUGCGAACAUCGUCAUUUUUAAAUGCUUUUGUUCUGAGCCGAUUUCGUGCUGAAUAUUAAGAGCCUUUAAUUCGCGCAGAGGAGGGUGAAGUUUUACAUAAAUUUAGCAUGCACACUGUUAUUCUAUUAUUUCAGUUGCCAAUUUUACGUUAUUGCAUUUUUGAAUAGAAAGAUCUUCUUAUUAGCAAUUAGCAAACAUCACUUUCGGCAUUAGCAUCCCACAAAAUCAGAUAUCGAUAUCAAUAUCCUUAAUAGAUUUUCGUGAUACAAUUAUUUGAAUUUAUUAAUUUUUUUGCCAAAGCGUUUGGUCCACUAGAAAAAAUUUAUCUUCCAACUUCAAUUCAAGUGUACUCAAACAAUAGCUGUUAAGAGGUGAUAUCCCCAAAUUUGUGGGGACGAAUUAUAUUGGAGUAGUCAGUCCCCUGAAACGUACUUUUUGUCAACUCAAUAAGUAAUCAAUUUGCCAUGGAUUUAAUUUAUCAGCUAUAUUAACGAACUGUCCGUCUGUAGCUGUACACCUAUAUCACCUCAACAAAAGGCUACAGAAAGUAUUACAAGCAAAUUGCAAAUUGAAAUUUAAGUAACAAAAAUAAUAACAAAGGAAGGGUGCUAAAUACGAUUCCAUAAAAGUGUAAAGUAAGUAAAUUAUUAAAGUGGCGACUAGUUAAAGUGGUUAAUUUUUUACUAUAAAAAUAAUGGUAUUAGUAAAAGAAUGUGACGUACUUUAAAAAUAAGUGAUUGGUUAGUAGGUAAACUAACAAAGUAGAUUUAAAAAAUAACUCUGGAGAUAGUACCUAGAAUGCGUAUUGUCCAGAUAUAUUAUAAAGUAUUUUGGACAUAACCUGGAGCAUAAUGAAAAACCGACUGUCCCCACAGCUUUAGGAUUAGCAGUUCCCUGCGGAGGAUUUCGCUACUUCCAUUUUGUUUCUAGAACACAUUAACUAAGAAACACUUCAUCUUCUAGUUUUUGAACUAUUUCACAGUAGAAAUUUUGGUCACGCAAGGUUACCUACACUAUUUUUUCCAGUUGAUUUUUUGUCUUCUCCUCUGACCCGCUCUUUCUUGUUAGUUUGUUGCUUCUUGCAUCUGUUUUAGCUUCUUUUAGUUCCUUAUGGCCAUCUAUUAUACGCACCCCCCCCCCCCCAACUA